AGUACAAAUUGGAGAGAAGAGGAAUGCAUACAGAAUAUUGGUAUGAAAGCCAAAACCUUGCAUGUACUUGGUUUUGGUUCUGUUAACUAUUGAUAUUUCAGUCCUGUAUUUUAGCUUUACCAUAAAGUGAACCGAGUUACAUUCGGCACGUCUAUAGGAGUGUACAUGGAUAAUGCUCUUUGUGUGUCUUGCAUCUAUCAUAACAUGGUCAAUUUAAUAUUUUGUCUGACCAUCAGGAAGUAUCCAUUUUUUCUUAUGGACACUGUUAAAAUGAAAUUAUAUUUUUAUCUAAAUGAUGUAUUGAAAUGUUUUCUGAGAGAGAGAGAGAGAGAGAGAGUCAAAUUUCCUAAACAGGAUUUGGUGAAUAAUAAAUCGCCAUAUAUUCAUAGAGGUAAAUUUCAGAAUCUCAGAGAGUAGGAGAGUUUCAGUUGGGAUUAAAUCUCGUGUGACUCCUGUCCUGAUGUGCUGCAGGGUAUCCUUGGGAUCGCCUUACUGCUUGUCGCAGUAUUCACCUUUUGGACUGUAAAAAUUGAUUUGCAUGGGCUCCUUGGGCUUGUAGCGAUUCUUCUGGCCUCUGGAUGCUUUAUGAAGUUUCUUGACAGCAGACUCUUCACUUACCAAGCAUUACUGCCUCUAGGUUUAAUAAAUAACUUUAUGGAGGUUGGCAGCCCAUUAAGUCAUGAUUCGGAUUUGCAUGGGCUCCUUGGGCUUGUAGCGAUUCUUCUGGCCUCUGGAUGCUUUAUGAAGUUUCUUGACAGCAGACUCUUCACUUACCAAGCAUUACUGCCUCUAGGUCUUCAGUGGAUCCAGACAGGCCAAACUAAUGGGCGAGGGGGGUGGGCUGCCCACCCCAGGUGCCAUAUACGCCGAAACAUCCAAAAGAGGAGAUGUUAGUUAAGUUGUAAAAUUCAGUGACCUGAAUGGGACGCAAACCAGCAUGAAGCAGGUAGCAAGCAAAUGUCCUUGUGUUAACAAUGAAAUAUGUGAAUAAAUAGAUAAAAUAUGUUGAUAUUUCAUUAAUAAUAUUUUAGGAUCUGCUAGAAUGCCAUAUGUUACCCAAGGUACAGCUAAUUGAAUUAGAAUUCAUUAAUGUAUUAAUUGUAUCCGCUAAAGAUGGCACUAACUUCGCCGACAAGCAGCGGUCGCUCGGUCGGUAUAGUUUGCUUGCGGACUAAAGCCACGGAGUUUAGUUGUUUUUUUUAUUUAUUAAUUGUAUGAAAAAUUAGUAACAUCUAUGAUUUGAAUUUUUAAGCACUGCGAUUUGUUUACAGUUGUAAAUACAGAAGUUACAGGUAAGUGGAGUAAAUUUGUUCCCCUUUCCCCUUUGUAUCCUGAAUGUAUGAAUACAGAUGUAGUUUUCAGUCUUCUACAGCAGUAGUACAUCUGAAAUCAUCUGGUGAGCAUCCAGUGAUGUGAUACUUUCUCAUGCGUUUUUUAAUUAAAUGCACAAAAUAAGGCAAAUGCAAGGGUAGUGAUGAAGUAAUGUCUGUUUGUCCACAUAUUUUGUGAACGUUGGUUUUCAGUUCACUAUACACAUCAGCUGAAAUUCAAAUUGAACUUUAUCAAUUUUCUCAAAAAUCUCUUUUCAUACAAAAAUUGGUAUAUGACAACAGCUUGUGAACCCAUGUUGCAACAUUGCUGUCUGUGCAGAUGUCUAGCUGCUUUAACAGCUGUGAAAUGUGACCAGCUGAAGGGCUAAAUAGUUUAAUUAUACAUUCCAUGGAUCCAAAAUUAGUGAAAAUUACUGUAGGAUGUGGAAUAUGUCAUGUAAAUACAAAAUAU